GACCCCACCGUCCUCCCCAAAGGAAGAUCUCAGGCCAGGUGGGUCCCUCCCCGCUGCUUCUUCUUCUUCUCCAAGUUACCAUAAGUUUCAGAACCGGCGUAUUUUAGAAACAGCGGCGUAGUUUAGAGUGACAUUUGUAGUGGAGGGGCAGGAUUGUCAUUUGACAUGUGGGUUUUUGUCGUCUCCUUUUUUUUCUGCAGAAAGGAAGCUAUUACGCUGCCUGAGAAUGAAGACACAGAAAUUGAAGGAAUGCUUAAUUUUUCCCACGGCCGCAGCGCCUCCAUGCAGUUUCAGCAAACCUCCUAUUUUGCUAUGCGGCUUGAUAGUGUCGAUGAACAAUAUGUUAACAACAACGCAGCAGGGGAGGAAGAUCCAGCUCCGCAACUCUACCAAGCUGAUGUCGAGAAUAUCACCUUACCUGAACGCUUUGAUCCAUUUCAAGCUGAUCAUUUUAUGUACAAUCGCUUGGAGAGAUUUGAGAUCGAAGGGGAUGAAGAGACACAGGUUAACUUCACGUCAGGAGAGCACACACACAUUCACAUACCCCCUUCACCUCCUCGCGAUGAAUAUCAGGAAGGGCCUCCUGCAGCUGAUACAAUCCAAGAUGAUCAACAUCCAGAUCACCAGGCCAAUCAGCCAUAUGAAAGCAAGGAAUUUAGACAGAUGAAGCUGGUUCAAGAGAGACAGGGGACUAGAAAAAGGAAAACAAGAAAGCAAGCAUCUGGAAUGGAUUUUGAACAAACAAUCAUUCCUGGUCAUGUAUAUCAAUCUUGGCUCCAAGAUCCUUCAGAUCUAUCACGAGAUGCAAGAAAACGGAAGCGCAAAGAUGUAAUGGCAACUAUGAAGAUAGCUAACCUCAUGGACCUGCCACCUAAAGUACUAAUGGAAGAUUUAUUUACAACUGGAAGUAAAAACGUAUAUUAUCCACGUCCUCUCCUUGAUAUGUGGAUGAAAAGUGUCCCAACUCCCCAUGAGUCUCCUGCUGGACGAACCUCUUCACCCCUGCCCCCAGGACCAUUGUCACCAAUACCGCCUGAGAGACAAAACUUUGAUGGUCCGAUGGGAUACCCUUUUCAAGAUUUUCAUAGUGGAGUUGGCUCCCAGUCUUCCAUAGAUAAGCAAAGGCCAAGUUCUGGUGUGACAAAAGGCAAGAAUGACCCAGCAAGUGUAUUCAUGGAUGGACUGACAGCUAACCUUAAGAACAUUGGCUUAGCGGGAAAUGAUACUAAUCCAAUGGUCACGCCUGGAAAUUCUGAUGACGUAAGAUCCAUCCCGAGCUCAGCAUCAGGGCAGGCAAUUCCUUCAGAAGGCAAUUCAGGACGAUCCGGCAAGAAAAGGCCUCAUUCAGCAUCCGGGGGCAACAUUAGACUUGAACCACUAUUGGAAAUGAGUCACCCCGAUGUACAUUUCGAGUUGUCGAGGUCACCUGAGCAAGGCCCGGCAUUUGAUCAAGAACUCUUGGUGGAAACAGGACCAACUCAAACUCAAAAACCGAUCAUGGAACAACCGCUUGACAAAACAACCGAUACUAUCAGAAGGGUUCUGAAAUCACAUUUUGAGACUGAGGGAGCUCCUCGGGUCGAAUCCCUGGACAACCUAACUGCAGGAAGGAACCGGAAAGAAUCAGCUAUGCUAUUCUACAAAACUUGUGUUCUGGCUACCCGGGAUGUCAUAAGAGUCGAACAGAGGACCGCUUACGGGGAGAUUCUCAUAUCGAGAGGGCCGAAAAUGUGAACGAGGUGAGACCACACCUAGUGUCCUACACUUGUAGGUCGUUAAUCCCCACCUACGUUAUGACCUAAUCAACAUGGAAAUAGUUAUACAAUUAGAAUUAGAUGAAGAGAUUAGAGAUUUGCUCAUCCGCUUAACGUUUAGGCGCUUAUCGACUUACCCUUUUUUCUGUAGUUAUCAGCAUUUUACUACUAGCAGUUAAAACAAUCUUGUAACGGGGACGUUGCUGUUCCUCUCAAGAGCUCCUUUAUAAAUUAAUAAAUUGUUAGU